AUGCAGGCCCGCGAACUGUCUUCCCAGUUCCACUGUGAGUUCCAUCACCGCACGCGAGACAAAAACCAGGCAGCCGACUUCCUCUCCAAACUGGCGCCGGAUUCCGCAUGCGACUUUGGAACCCGACCGGACGUGAAGCCUCUCGCGCCAACUCACAUCCCCACCCUUUAUGACUACAUUGAUUUGGACCUCACGCUCGACCCAGGCUAA